AUGGCGCUUACUAAACGCUCGUGGAUUUUACCGUUAGUCUGUCAAGUAUGUGGUGAUAGAGCACGUGGCAUGAAUUUCGAAGUCAUGACAUGUAUGUCUUGCAAAGCUUUUUUUCGGCGGCAUGCAUUAAAUUCGGCAGAUCAUCUAAAAUGUCAACGUAAUAAUCAUUGUGAAAUUACUCGAUUAACACGUGGUAGUUGUUCGGCUUGUCGUCUAAGAAAAUGUUUUACACUUGGUAUGAAUCCAAAAUUAAUACGCUGCCAAUUGAAAAAUGAGAGUAAACCUUUAAAAAGCCAACGAUUAUCAAAGCCAACACCACGUAAUCUUCUUGAGCACGAUAUUUCCACUUUAACAAAUGAUGAAUGGGAUCUUUUAUCAAAUAUUAUUCAUGCGUAUGAUAGAGAAAAUUCAAUUGAAAAAACCAAGCAUAUGCUAGAACAGCAAUCAUCUUUGCCGCCCAAGCUUCGAACGAAAUCCACAAUAAUAUUAGAUAUAGUUGGAUCUUAUUAUUCUACAAUUCAAUCGUUCCUUUCAAAUGUACCCUAUUAUAGUGAUUUAUCAUUUGAUGCUCGUCGAGCUCUGAUAAAACAUAAUUCUGAGACUGUAGGAUCAUUUCAUUCAGUAUUUAUUGUUCGUGAGUCGAAUGCAUUGAAUCACGAAAGUUAUAUAGUCGGUUGUUCGAAUAUUUACGGUACUGAAAAUUUUGAUAUACUAAGAAAGUUUAUGUCAAUAUUAGAUAAAAAUGGAACACUAGUUAAAGCAAUGCUCUUAAUUAUUUCUUUUGCUGGAAAUUGUUCAAAAGUUGUAUUAGACCAUUCUGAAUCUAUGGGCAUCAUGUCAAAUACUAUAUCGUCAGUUCGCAUACAAAAUAUAUUAAUAACGAUGUUCUGGAAAUAUUUAAUCUAUCAAUACGGGUUUUUAGGAGCUGUUAAAUGCUUUGACUCUUUUAUCAGAUAUGUUCUAAAUAUAAUUCUAUGGACUGAAACAAAUGAUAGUGUUCAACAUUCGGACAUGCUCGACACAAUCAUUGAAAAUACAACACGAUUAUUAAUCGUGGAGGAUUGA